UUCAACAGGAUGAAGACUGCAACUUGUUGCCUUCUUAUCUUUAUCUGCCUUCUCCAGCUGAUGGUUCCAAUGAAUACUGUGAACUUAGACUCUCUGCUGGAGGAAAAAAUCAAGGAAUUUAUCGGCUGUGGAGAUGGCUGUCCCUCCACUGUGACUAAAACUCUCUCCUGCACUAGUAUCAAGGCCUCAGGCAGACUAGCUUCCUGUCCUCCUGGGAUGGCCGUCACUGGUUGUGCUUGUGGCUAUGGUUGUGGAUCAUGGGAUAUCCAGAAUGGAAAUACUUGCCACUGUCAGUGCUCAGUCAUGGACUGGGCCACUGCCCGCUGCUGCCAACUGGCUUGA